UUUUUUAUUAAGUAUAAUUGCUCUAUUAGCAAAAUGUCAGAUGACGAGACAGAUGAAGACUACAAUGAAUUUAUCAAAGAAUAUGGAUUGAGGUAUGAAUGGGAUAAUGAAGGAAAUCCUGAAUUUAUACCAGAGUGGCAAGACUGGAAAGAUCUAUUUUGCGAAAUCAAAAUUUAUUGGAAGACAAAGGCAGUCAGGCAUUGGGGGGAGAAAAUAUUUAAACGAUUUGUAUAUAGUCUGCCCAGUGUAAGAAAUCCAACAUCACUAUUCCAUGUACUCUUACAAUCUGAUGCUAUUUAUCUUCCACAAAUAUUGAGCCUAAUAGGAUUGCCAUAUUAUCCGCUUGAACUUCGAUCAGAAAUAUGGCCAAAUGAAUCUGGAUUUUAUCAUGUUCAUGAUCUUGAUAAAGUGGUAGAAAUGCUUAUUCAGACGGAAAGGGGAAAUGCACCUGAUUUUAUUACUGUGCCUGAUUUUACUACUGCAUUUAGUGAUUAUCUUAGACAGGCUAGCAAUGUUCAGAUUUCGACCUAA